AAACAUCGCAGACCUAGGGCUUCAUGCGCUUCAAAAUUAUAUAAAAUCCCUAAACAAUUUCUCACUCAGCCCCCUGUGAAGAAGAACCUCAACACUAACAUCUUCGCGCCGCCGCCGCCGAGAAAAUCAGCUACGAUGGUGAAGUACUCGAGGGAGCCCGACAAUCCCACCAAAUCCUGCAAGGCUCGGGGAUCCGAUCUCAGGGUUCAUUUCAAGAACACUAGAGAAACUGCGCAUGCAAUUCGGAAGUUGCCUCUUGUAAAGGCCAAGAGAUACUUAGAGGAUGUGCUUGCCCACAAGCAGGCAAUCCCCUUCACCCGUUUCUGUGGAGGUGUUGGAAGAACUGCACAGGCAAAGAACAGGCACUCUAAUGGUCAGGGACGUUGGCCUGUGAAAUCUGCCAAGUUUAUCUUGGAUUUGCUCAAGAAUGCUGAAAGCAAUGCUGAGGUGAAAGGUUUGGAUGUGGAUGCACUCUUUAUUUCCCACAUUCAGGUUAACCAGGCCCAGAAGCAGAGGCGCCGCACAUAUCGUGCUCAUGGACGAAUCAAUCCUUACAUGUCAUCCCCGUGUCACAUCGAGUUGAUUCUAUCUGAGAAGGAAGAGCCUGUCAAGAAAGAGCCCGAGUCGCAAUUGGCAGCAAGCAAACCUAGGAAGGCUUGAGCUUGAGAUGGUUGGUUUGUUUUGUUUUGAAUCAAAUUUCUGUUAUCAGCAUAGUGAGUUUGAAUUUUGAGGAUUAUUGAAUGAAUUAAUCAAAUGGAUUUUUUUCUGCUGUGGGAUGUUAAUUCUUAUUAUUGAACUUAUAAAAUGAAUGCUGCACUGCUUUGGUACAUGUUUUUUUGUCAAUU